AGACGUAACCUAUAGUAAGAGUUUUUAAACUUUAACGUGGUAGCGAAUAUACUAAAAUCUCCGCCUUCACGUCGAAUAGUGUUAACCUAACCUAACUUCUCUUGACUUGUCAAAAUACCUUCGUAGAAAAACGAAGCGAAACGUUGCAUGUUAUAAAACGUGUUUCAAUUCUAAGCAUGGAAAAAAAUAUUAACAAGAUAACUGAUAUAUCAUGGAGGUUUGGAGUGACUGCGGCAAGCAAUGAUUCUGACAAUGUGGCAAAAUCGUUUCUACAACUUAAAUUACGUCUUGACAACGACGGUAAAAUCAAGAAUGUGUUUACUGAGAUGACGAUAGGGCAAUUUUACAAAUUUCUACAUGAUUUAGAAAAGGCGAAAUGUAAUCUUGACCUGUUAUUGUAAUCAGAUAUAUAUUGUGUCCAUGCUAUCAUAAAAAUCAAAUAAAAAUUUCAUAAUUCUCCAUC